UGGACAAGCAGUCAAACAAAACCUCCACAUAUACAGAAACAGUAGUAGAAAAAUAUGAAAUUUAGUGAAAAAGUUAAUUAUCUCUGCCAACCUGAUUAAAAGUUCAAGGUGGUGAUAACCCAUUAAAAGAGGAGGAUUAUCAUAGUCAAGUCAUAAGUAGUGUUGUCGUCAUCGCAGCGGAUGAGAAAAAAAUAAAACGUGCCCAACUUUGUGAUUGCCGCCUUUACUCUGCACUCCCAUCAGGUCGGAUGGACCUGACUCGACCAGCCUUGUCAUCAUCGCCAUCUCAGUCGUCACCAUAGAUAAGAACGUGGCCCAGAAAAUGGGGUCCGGUCGGACCUGUGAGGUCUGCUCUGAGCUAGCCUCACUCCUCUCGUCGUACGACGGGAAGCGGACCCCUCUCACGUCAUACGAUGAUAUAUCCAUCUCUCGUGAAGAGGUUGAGACCAUCCUUCUCUACAUGGUGUCAUGGUCUCAGCGCCAAUGCUCGUGCUGCUUCCGGUCAGACCACAAACAUUUUGAGAGGUUUAACUGGGCUCUGCAAAUCCUCAUUUUGGUCGUGGUCGAAAUAAUUAAACGGUUCGGAACCCAGUCUCAAGAAGCAACAACUCUGCCAGAAUCUCCUCCAUCUCCUCGACCUUUGUGGGACUUUGAUGAUAAAGAUAAGUUGGUCCAUUUUGUCUCGAAACUCUUCACCAACUCGUUCCCGACCUAUAUCGGGUACAAAACCCAUUCUGGAGGAGGAGGUACCAAACUCUCUGACUCGGAACUCACUCCCGCUGAAGUGCACAACUUGUCGCAAUAUUGCGAAAUCAACGAGUCUGAAGCACCCCCGUAUCUUUAUCGCAAUAUCGGCCUGUUUUGCCGCUCUGGAGGGAUGGAGGCGCUCACGAUCUGUUUGCAGAACAAUACACCAGAGACGUUAGCCCUCCACAGGAUGAACAUGCUCGUCUCACUGGCUUCCAAUGUUAAGAGUUGGCUCAACUUUAACGCCCUUCUCAAACUGUAUGUUCCCUUCAGGUCGGCGGCGUUGGGGUAUAUGUGCGCGCUAGUGGAGACCGAGUUGAAAACAGGGACGGCGAGGAACAUGGCGGAGUAUAUCUGGUCAUCUGUGAAAGACCCGGUCGAUGCUCACCUUUCGUUCGACAAGGAUGGUCUCGACCUUGCUUUCCGCUACUUCCUCUGCCCCACACUGACCAUGCGACUCGCUGGCGUGAACCAGAUCAACAAUUAUAUCAACCUGUUCAACGAGCUACUCAAUUCGGAGCACAUGCGGGAGCCGGACCGUCUCUACGAAUUGCUGUGCGGUUGGCUCCUCUCCAACCAGGUCGUCGACCACAUUUUUGGUCCCAACCUGCACGUUGAAGUGAUUAAACAGAGUCACACGAUCCUCUCCUUCCUCGCCAUGGAAAAUCGACUGACGGAGGAACACGUGGAGAUAAUCUGGACCGCGGCGCAGCUCAAACACUGCUCUAAACCUGUCUUUGACGUUUUAUCGUCCCUCAUACCACACAUGGAACCCGGUCCGGUACUCCAUUUGCACCACUUGUUACAAAAAUUAGAGCCAAAGGAUCACUCUGAGCAGAGUCUCUACCUCGCCUCCGCUCUGAUCAAAUUUAUCUGGACGAACGCAACCAACGCGAUGGAGGAGGCGAACACGUUGACCACUUCAAUCCCAUUGGGAAGUGGGGGUAGUUUGGUUUCCGUCCCGGCAUCGUCAUCAUCCCCGUCGAAUAACGGUUUGCAAUUUCACCAUCAUCGCGUAGGGAGACAUCAUCACCAUCAUCAUCACAGCGGGUCGAGGAGGAGGGCGGCCUUGCGUGGUGGGGAUGUGUCGUCGAGCGAAAAUUCGGUCAGUGUAGAAGGCUCGGAGGAGGACGAAGAGGAAGAUGAAGAUGAGGAAAAUCAUCACCAUCAACGACACCACCACAGAGGGCAAGGGCAAAGAUUGAUACGACCUUUGUCACAGCUCAAACAAAUGGAAUCUGACGAAGAAGAGCCAAUUUCUCCAACCUUUCUCAAGCCGACCUGUCACCUGUCAGGAGAAUCGUCGACGUCAGACGAGUCUCUCUCUGAAGAAGAAGAGGACGACGAGGAGGACGAAGACGGCGUGCGGAGUGAGAAAGGGGGCUGUUCUUCCGGUGGUGGUGGUGGCGGUUCGACACCCUAUGUCGAAACACAUUCUGACUCUGAUGCGGAUGAGGAUGAGCCGGAAAAUGAGGUGCUAGGAGGAAAGGUCAUCAUCAAAAAGAGGAAAGUACUGAGGAGGAAGGCUACUUCGCCGGUGAAAAAUGUCACAACUCCGAAAGGACAAACCAGGGUGACGACAGGUCCUCCGAGGGUGGUAAAAAUGGUGCACAAUAACAAACCUGUGAGCAAUACGUCUAGUCAUGGUGACCAUAAACUACAGCAAGUUCCCGAAGCGUCACCGUCCGCAUUGAGCGACGCUGUGGUUCCUAACCAGUCGCUCCUGACAACCUUCUACGCUAAAACGGGAACCACGGGGGACAUUUCUGACGGCUCGUACUCGUCGCGUAUGUCGAACAAGUCGGAUAAAAAUAUGGCAGAUUUCGACGGAGAGGAAAGUCCUCCGGAAGAUGUCGACUUGAUGGCGUCCCUUACCCAGAGUCAGCUCGCCGAAAUGGCGACACGUGUUCAAACUAGCCAAAAUCUCACCCCGCAACAACUCCAACCGCAAUAUGUGCAACAGCAAUUACUCGACCCUAACAUAGUCCUGACCGUGGGUGGAUUACAGCAGGUCGGAAGUAAUAAAAAUAAAACACAACUUGGACCCGGAAGUGGAAGUACGACUCUGCUCCUCCCACCGCGCGCUAUGAGGAUGUUCUUCCGCAGAAAAAGGUUCCAGUCUGUGUCCUCGUUUAAUUUUAAGAUUGACGACGUGAUCGAGCCGGGCGUCACACUUUUGUGGGAUUUGAUUCAAGAUGAUAAAAUUGUCCAACUCUCGGACGGAUUAGCCAUCGAGGCUCAAAAAGCUCUCUCAAAUCUGCUUUGCUUCGGUGCGGAUAAAGCCAUCCGAUUAAAAUUCGUUGAGGGAUGCAUCCGGAAUGUCGCGGCGAAUCAGGCGGUCGUCGUAUCACUCAGAAUCUUGCCAAAGUUGUUGUCUUCGUUUAAUAAUAUAAACCAGAUGCGGUUGCCGAAUGGGGCGGGGGAUUCUCAUCAAGUCACCUUAUGGGCCGUCCGAGAACAUGCCAUGUUGGACAAACUGUUCGCAAAUUUACAGACUUUAAAAAAUAAUGCAGACUUGGUGUCAACGUCUCCAUUUCCGUAUCAUGCCCACGUCCAGGCGAGGCUGGAUUUUCUAUCUGCUGUGUUUUCAUCAAUGGGGUCGCCGGACGAUUUCAGAUUGAGCGUCGCCCAAGUCGACACUUUAUGGGAAUGUCUCGCUCGCGAUCCAAAAUGUAGCGACGACCUCUUUGUCUGGCUGACGAAUCAAGUACGGUCACGCGACCAACAUGCCCUCUCUCACGAAACUUUCCGCCACAUCUUGAUGGCCAAGUUACCCUCGCAUCCCCCCGAAUCGAUAACUAUGCACUCGCUCACCCUCUUCCAGCAACUCUGCAACCUCGCGAGACUCGCAGUUUUGCAGGAUGUCGAACUUGUCGCCGGUGGUACACCCGUCGCCUCAAUGGACUAUUUGUGGAAGAUUGCACUCUACGCGCAUAACACGGACGUCAGCCUCAUGGCGAUCCAAUACUUGAACAAUUAUUACAUCGGGCGACAGCUCGAGAAGGAGGAAGAGUUUGUAGAACGAUGUAUGUCACAUCUCGCCGAAGCCACGAGAGAAUUAGUGUCAUCAGCCUCGACAAAUGACGAAUCUCCGCUCCUCCGCAUACAGCGAGCCCUUCUCUUACUCAAGUCCCACCUCGAAAUGUUUCGACGUCGGUAUGCUUAUCAUUUGCGGAAGUGGGCCAUUGAAGGUUGCGGGGUCGGGUGUCACGCCCAACUCGUCGGGGAUAAGGGCGCCCUCCCCCUUCGGGUCGUAAUCCAGCCGGCCAGUUACCACGAAAAGGUGACCCUUGAACUCACCACUUCUGAUUAUGUGGCCGAUUUAAGGGCAGAAGUCGCCAAAUGGUGGGAGCGUGUGGCUGGAGGGGGCGGAAGUGAUAAAACGUCGACAUCAACGACGCCCGUGUUGGGGUCUCUGCUUGCGGAAGGACCGAUCAGGAUGAUUACCCAGGGAAUCGAAUUAUCGGCCGAUUUUGAUGAAAAAUUUAUUGGCGAGGUGCCAAUUAAAGAUUUACAGAUCGUCUACGUGUCCAUGGGGGCGUCUCGUCCAACCUCUCGUAACAAGGGGCGUGAGUCGUCCACCUCGCAGUCGUCCCCAUCGUGCGGGGUCGACUACUCGUCCUCCCUUCCACCCCCGCCCAGAGACAAGCUUCCCGUCACCCUUCUCCUUCAGCCGACCCAUUUUGAAGCCCUUUUCUCCCUCAUGCAAUCCCUCGCCGAAAUUAAGACUGGAUCCGGACCUCACACGAAGGCUCAAGUCCUCUCGCGUCGCGUCUGGGAUAUUCUGAUGCUACUCCCCACCAACCCCGAGAUCCAUGCAGGAUUUAAAAACACUGGCGACGACUUCCGGUCACUUUUGGAUCCCUCGUCACCACAAAAAUUGAUGUAUUCGCUCUACAUUGUGGAAGCCUUGGUCAAGAUGAAUAGCAAUCCACAGGGUUUGGAGGAUGAGGCGGCUGCGACUGUGUUGCCGUGGCGACAAAGGUUCGUCUCCCAGGGCGGACUUCGCCACCUGUUUGGCAUCUUUACAUCGGGCGUGCUGGAGUUUUCCGAGGGAGGAAAGGACUGGUCAGAGUGGAAACAGGACUGUUUGGCGUCUCUGUUAAAAAUUUUGUGCUACUUGGGCGUCGUUCCGGAAGAGACGGAACAUCUCUCCGAAUUAUUAUACGAUGUUAAUGAAGCUCCGAAGAAGAGGGUGAAGCGGAGGAAGGGUUCCGCCACGGAGAAAACACCCAUCCCGAGAUUGAACGAGACGAUGAUAUCUGUGAUGGAGUUGGAACUGGUGAUGCCAAGAUUGACCUUUAUUUUACAAGCGUGCUCCCAUCCGAGGGAUCCGAAUGCAUAUAAGACUGGAUUUUGGGGGAGGGCACAGGUGGUCCACUACGCCAUGGCGCUGCUUAUCUGCUGGUCCUUUUCCCACCGAGAUGUCCGCGCCACGCUCUACUCGCAGCCCGGAUUUUCCACCUGGUUACGAAAACUCGUACUUGAGGACCCCGAGCCUGUGGUGCGUCGUGAAAUCUGCAUGGGCCUCUACCGCCUCUGUUUGGGCAUCUCGACCGAAGGGAAUACCGGUCUUGAUGCGGUUCCCCAGCUCAUCGCCCACCUUUUGACGUCCUUAUCCGCGUCGCUCAACAUCCGCUGGACGGCGGUCAGCGCGUCGUCCUCAUCCCUCUCUUCCAUCGAGGACGGCAAAGAACCAUACGGUCCGGCGUGUCGCGACUAUUUCUGGCUGUUAGGGAGACUUCUCGAUUCUUUAGAUGAAACCACGGUCCGUGAGAGCAUCCAAAAACCGGAAGCUUCCGCCGUUGACUUGGACACUUUGGCGGUCAAUUUACGCCAAGCGAUCGUGACGAGGGAUUAUUUAGAAACGAGACACAACACUGUGUGUGACGAUGGGCUAGUUGGACUUCUCACUGUGAUGAACGUCGUAAUGAAGCACAACCCACCCUUCAAGUCGUCCCCUGCAGGACAACGUUUCCUGAAAGAAGUUUUCGAUACCCUUUUCUGCCUCCCGUCCCCUUCACAACGCUACCUCCCCAAAUGCAAGUCGCCACCAGCUAGGUCGGCGGCGUACGACCUGCUCGCCGAGAUGGCGCGGUGCUGUCCAGACAACUAUUUUCAGUUGGGAACACUUCUCUUGGAACAGCACGGGACGGAAUCGCACACUCCGUAUGUUUGGGACUAUUGGCCACACGAGGACGGUAGAGCGAUCUGUGGCUUCGUAGGACUCACCAAUUUAGGCGCGACUUGCUAUAUGGCGGCCUGUAUGCAGCAUUUGUACAUGAUGCCACCUGCGCGUGGGGCAAUUUUAGGGGCCAAGUUCAACCAGGAAGCGAAUCGACACGAGCCAACGUUGAGAGAGCUUCAGAGAAUGUUCGCUUAUUUGAUGGAAUCUGAACGGAAGGCGUUUAAUCCACGAGGAUUUUGUAAAAUGUACCAAAUGGACCACAAACCAUUAAAUACCGGCGAGCAGAAAGACAUGGCCGAAUUCUUUAUCGACCUUGUUUCUAAACUGGAGGAAAUGACGCCAGAGUUGAGGAAAUUGGUGAAGAAUUUGUUCUGUGGGGUGACGAGUAAUAAUGUAGUGUCAUUGGACUGCCCCCAUGUAUCUCGAACAUUGGAAGAAUUUUACACUGUGCGCUGCCAAGUAGCAGACAUGCGGAAUCUGUACGAAUCUCUGGAUGAGGUCACGGUCAAGGAUACCCUCGAAGGGGACAAUAUGUACACAUGCUCGACCUGUGGAAAGAAAGUCCGAGCAGAGAAGAGAGCCUGCUUCAAGAAACUCCCCAAAGUGAUAUGUUUCAACACGAUGCGCUACACGUUUAAUAUGAUCACGAUGAUGAAAGAGAAGGUCAACACCCACUUCUCCUUCCCAAUCCAGCUCGAUAUGUCCGGCUACGUGGAGAAGACCCUCAUGCCUCAGCAGUACGCGGAGGAGAGAGCCAACUCUUCAACCAGUGGUGGUAGUGAUAGUGUCGACCUGGAGGAAGAGUGCUGCACGUACGACCUUAUCGGAGUCACAGUACACACCGGGACUGCUGACGGCGGCCACUACUACUCUUUCAUUCGGGAUCGCCUACCACCCAACCGAGACAAAUGGUACCUCUUCAAUGACGCCGAGGUCAAGCAAUUCGAUCCCAAUCAGCUCCCCGCAGAAUGUUUCGGAGGAGAGAUGAGUACCAAGACUUACGACUCGGUGACCGACAAGUUUUUAGAUUUCUCUUUCGAGAAGACCAACUCUGCCUACAUGUUGUUCUACGAACGAUCCCCCAUUCCUAAAGAUUCGAUGAGCGCUAUGGUGCUAGCGGCGCAGUCCAUGUCACUUCCUGGUGGGUCGUCGUCUUCGUCACAUCAUAACAGGGUCCCCGUCCCAAUCCCUAGUCCGACGGUUAUGUCGACCGUUCCCGCAGUAGAAGUUCCCACGUUUGAGCUCAGUAAGGAGUUGGAGGACUGGAUUUGGAUGGACAAUACGCAAUUUCUCCAGGAUAAGAACAUCUUCGAGCAUACGUACUUCAAUUUCAUGUCGCAAGUUUGUUGCCAAAUUCCGGUCACCCUACACGGUCAAGAACAGGUCAUGAUCCUCGCGGCGAAGCUAUCGUCGACCUUUUUUCUCGAGACGUUUAUCCAUGCGAAGGAGAAGCCCACCAUGAUGCAGUGGAUGGAAUUGUUGACGAAACAAUUGGUCAUGUCACCCUCCGCAGCGGCCUGGUUUUUGGAAACGAUGGCGUCUCCAGAGAACUCUUGGCUGCCUCAAAUUCUACUCAAAUGUCCGAACCAACUCGUCCGCUCAAUGUUUGGUCGGCUCUGUUUCCAUGUCGUCCAAAAUCUCCGCCCCCAUCAGCUCAACCUCUACAGUAAGAUGCCCGACGGGAUGGAAUUUGACCAUCCCGACGAUAUCCAGAUGUCAGAAUUUGGAUCAUUUUCCUGUGUCGCGAAAUUCAUUCAGAGAUAUCUCUCACUGCUGGAUCAGAGUGCUAAACCCAGUUUGAAAAACCUUGCCGAAUACUUCACAUUUUUACAUGAUUUUACCAAAUUGGGCGACGAAGAGUGUCUCCUGCUCAUUCAUCUCCAAGCUAUUUCGAGAAUGGUGAAUUUCUACAUGGGAAGUAAACGCGAGCAGGCGAUCGAACGUGGAGAACUCGGCUCGGAAGAGGAGGAAGAGGAAGAAGAAAUUAUUUCCAUUCCAACGGAGAAGAGUAAAGUUGCCUCGUUGGAGAAGAUGAUUGCCCUAAUUGCCACACUAGUAGAGAAGUCACGCGACGAGAGCAACGUUCUCAAGUUGUCGCGGAGUGAUAGGGAGGCGCUCAUGUCACCGAGAAAGGCUACGAUCCACUUCCAAAUGUUCCCUUUCAUUCUGCAGCAGAUUCGUGACGGGAUAAAUUACAACCAGUCGAGAAACAUGAUCUUUUCCCUGUCUCGAUGGAACGAGAAGCUGGCAGAAGACAUUGUCAUCGCGAUAUUCCAAGCGAUCAACAAACAUCCGGAUAUGUGCCACCCCUACUUUAAAGUGCUUAAUCUUCUCGCCGAGCUAGUUUCCGGCCCUGUCGGAAUGCCCAAGUUUACCGAGCUGAUCCUCUCCCGUAUCAUGGAGGUGGCUGAGAUCUGUCCCUAUCCGACAUUGGAAUGGUUGGGGGCACAAGUCCCGCGAAACAAGGUUGUCCACUCAUGGUGUUUAUCCUCCCUCGGAACAUGGGUUGAGCACUUCCUCCUGGGAAAUAACAACCAGCGGGUUCGAAACGCGGCCGCAACUCUCUUGGUAUCUCUCGUUCCUUCGACACCAUUUCGCCAGGGAUAUCGGAGCACGAAAGUGUAUGGAAUGGGGAAUAUUGCAAGUAGAGAACUUGUCCCGCUUACGGGGGAAGCGCUCGGUGUUUUGCAUGAUAUUUAUCAUCGUCUCCUCCAACUCCUCAAACCGGCGAGACACUACACGGAGAUAAAUUCCCACGGGACGUCAAAACUGGUCGCGUACUUUGGAGUGCUCACCUACUUCACGGUGACGAAGACGGAGAAGCUUCUGUUUGGUCACCACUUUCUUGACUUGUGGAACCUAUUUCACCCUCGCUUGUCGGAACCUUCGGUUGCUUGUCACCACAAUAAAUCCGCCCUGCUAACCUUCUGGCUCCAUGCGUGUACCGAUUGUCCCGAGAACAUUCAGCGGAUCACGUCCAACCCCGCGGUUGUAAAGCAGAUCGGGUUCAACUAUAUUCUGGCGGAUCACGAGGACCAAGAAGUCGUCAUGUUUAAUAGAACCAUGCUCCCCGCGUAUUACUCCAUCAUGAGAAUGUGUUGCACACAAAAUCGUGCAUUUGCAGUAACGCUUGCCCGACAUCAAAAUAUUACUUGGGCGUUUAAGAACAUUUCGCCAUAUCAGACACAAUAUCCUGCGGCGGUUGACGAGUUGUUCAAAUUGAUGCAAAUAAUCUCCCAGAGACAUCCUGAUGCGAGCGAGGCUGAAGCUGAAGAGGUCGGAGCGUUUAGGAAGAACGCGAUACUGUUGUACUUAAAUAAUCUCGACGUCCGCUCGUCCUAUGGGACGCUAAUUUCCGCGCUACGAAUUCUCAUCGAAACGGUGGAAGAUCGCGUCUACUUUGUGUUGCAUAACGGUCUAAUUGUUCUACUAGAAGCGAUCAACAUGAUUCAUACUAUGCACCAUGAGGCAACUGCGUGUCACGUAACGGGCGAAUUGGUCGACUUACUUUCCCUCCUCUCAGAAAUUUUGAGAACCUUCCGCCCCAAAGAAUUCGCCCACGGGAUGUCGCAACAAGGCACAAGUGCCAGCGGGGACGUGCCGAUACAACGGUUCAUCUCUGCGUGUAAAGAGUGGCCAGAAGUGUUGAGGAAGUUGGCCACUUUGCUGAAUACGUACAAUUGUGCGGAUCUAAGAAACUCGGCGACUGAUGCACUGACUGAAUUUUUAUACACAAUGCCGAUGGACACGCUCCGCACUCUGGUUCCGCUCAUGGUCCAUUGGCACACUGCCUGCCAGGAUGCACAAACGUCUGGAAUGGGACCCACGUUAGGACCGUACUUUCCGAAAAGGUCGUCUUCACACGGGGGAGGAGGACCCUUGAAGCACACCGUUCGCCCACCGCGACCCAUGUUGCAAAUGGCGUUUCCACAUUUGGGCCAAGAGACUGCCAAAGGUCUCGACGAAGAGUAUGACCGGCAGCUGCAAGAGUUUUAUGGUCAGUACCAUUUCUACGUGGAUCUCAUGUGUCGCGUCGCCUUCAUGAAGGACGCCGUCAACCAAGAGUUGAUCACGCUGUCCGCCAUGCUCGGCUAUGAGGCAGCCCCCCUCCACUUCAUCCACUUCCCCAAGUUAUGGCUCGAAGUUUAUAAUACGCCGAGCAUCGACCGGAAAUACAUCACUAUGCUAGUCAACACGACCUAUUUCACGGAUUAUGUGGAGUACGUCAUCCUCGAGGAAAGAACUUGUCUGACGAAUAUCGUUAUUUUUAACUUUCUAGCGACAUACUUUCCAAAGAUAUUCGACAAGAUCGCCACCACGGACCAAAUCUGCAAACAACUCGUCUCGAUAAAGCUUGAUUUGCAGAAUUUGGUUACCAAAAAGAUAAUGGACGUAGAAACGCUCGCCAUGGGGAUACUGGGUGACCUGAAAGUGAUCUCUCUAUUUUACCUGCCCACCAUAAAUAGAAAGGGAUCGACACCAACCCCGCUUCCCGCCCCAGCGCCGACGAUCCCGUCGCUCCUCUCGGCUCUACGGCAGCUAAACUCGUACCUCGAAUCGCUACUCGUUACCACAUUAAGCUCAACUAUUUCAGUGGGGACGAGUCGAGGAGAAGCUGCGAGCGAGGCAUCACCGAGUGGAGGCGAAACUCCCGCCAAGAAGAGAAAACUAUCCCCCACGACCACGACUGAAAACCAGGAUAAUAUUAACAUAACGCUAAGCGACCCGCAGCCGGGAACUUCGGCGUCAUCAUUGUCGUCCUCAUCUGACCGUACCGUUCCUUCCGGCUCGACCUGCUCGGGAUGUUCCAGUUCGACUUCUUCAACCUCCUCGUCAUCCACGUCGACCAAUUCAUUCCUCCUUUUCAGCAAGGAAGUCGCGACACAGAAACGUUUCAUAACUCGAGAUCUGAUAAACCUCCUCCUCGGUACGAUUGACACCCUGGUGCGGGGGAUUUCGCCGCCGAGUGGAAUUCCUGACGAGGAAGAGGACAACGAUGAAGACGACGACGGAAUGGACACACGAGGCCCACCCGACGACAAGAAGAAGCCGAAUGACGAUAAAAAAGAAGAAGAACAAGGAGAAACUAAACCAGAGACUGAAGAGAUUCAAAAUAAGAACUGAUAAGCAAAGAAUUAGAGGGUGCCGUGUUAUUUAAUUACGUAUUAAUUAAUAAUAAUCACAAUAUACAUGUUUAGUCAUUCAAUAGCUCAUCUAAAUAUUUACACGCGUAUUUCGUAAUAAGUUCGAAUUUGUAGUAGUUAAGGGGAGGGGAGAUUAAUUAAUUAUUAUUUAAAAUUAUUACCACAGGUAUAAAUACACACACAAGUACAUGAAUUAUACUUAUUAUUAUAAAUGAUGAGCCAUUCUCGAGCAAUGUUUUAUAUGAAUUGGUAGUAAAAAUAGAAGGACGUCGAAUCCAGUAUUAUUGCCAAA